AUGGUGGUCAUAUUCGACCUGGAAGACGACGCGCCCUCAUACCUUGCCCCGCACGCGUCCGGCUUGCUCAACGUCAAGCCGCUGCACCACUCGCUCGCCACGACGGCAGCCCAGAGUGAGCAGAGCGUGCCUGGGCUAGAAGGAGAAGAGAGACCGAACCCCAACAUCAAUGGAUUCAGCGCUGCCCUGAGCUGUUAUCCUAUAGUUCGACAGCUUGCCGGCCAGCUCGACCUCAACACGUUGCACCAUUUGUCGCGAACCUGCAGGCAGUUCCGUGCCAACCUGCUCGAGUACCGCUGUCAGCUAAGGAAGCAUACACUGCACUGCUGCAACGAAGACGGUGACGACGGACAUGGCGGUACUCAUGCGAACAACAACAAGCUGGGCUCGACGCGCCAGUUCACGAGCGGACGCGUUGGAAAAUGCGCCCGGGACAUGGUGGGCGAGUGCCAGCGCUGUGCCAGCGUCGUGUGCCGGAACUGCACCAUGAAGCCCCCGCCCACACCUACCUUACGGGCUCGCUAUCGCCGCAUCUGCCGGACAUGCACCAAAGCGCCCCUUGGCCUUCUCAUGGCCUACCAGAAGCCGCGCUCGUCGUCGUCCGGCUCUCCCUCGCCGCCAGGCUCCCCGAAUCCUCGUCCUGUCUUCUUUGACAAUGACAAGCCUCGCGCCUUCACCGCGCCAGCCUUUGAGCGAACACCAUGCAACUGUGAUAAUGUCGUCUGGCUUUGCGCGCCAUGCGGCAAGGACCUGCGCAACGCCGAUACCAUGUAUGUCCGCGGCUGGAGCUGGCGCACGCGGUAUAGCCACUACCUGGGUGGCGUUGGCACAGGGGCCGGCGAGGGAAACGAGGGUGUCGAGUGCGGCAGAGGCUCUGCCUGUCUAGGCGCGAAGAGGGUCGAGCACGAGACGUGCGAGCAAGAUAUCCUCGAUGCGCUAGAGACUGCUGCUCAUUCCCCAGGCUCACCCGACCGCUGGAGGGGGACCAGCUAUCUCGCCCAAGAAAUCGAGGGCAUCGGCGGCGUGCUAAAGGUCAAGCAUAAGAAACAGGUGCGCGUUGGCGAAUGCGUCAAGCUGUACCAAGACGAGCGGGAGAAGUCGAUACAGCAUCUCGAACGCGAGGCCACUGGGAAGCUCAGGAGCUGGUGCUCUUGGUGUGAGAGGGUGGUACUUGGGGAAAAGGACAAUGUGGAGACUGCCGGUGGGCGACCAACCUCAAGUGGUUCGAGCUCGGCUUCUUCCACCCAGUCCAGUCCUUCAUACAGGUAUUGAGGUUCAAUUUUUUUGGUGCGACUGAUGGCCUCCCAUUGAGGUAGUUCUUCUUAUUCAUACAUUAGCAAUAGCCAAUGUUUUCCGUUUGGCUUGAGCGCGCCAAUUCCCACAUCACAAAGCUGCUUAUCUCACCCCCUCGG